UACAAUAAAGUUGGAAACUAUUAGCUUUCCACCACAUAUAAAGUUUUGAAUGUAUCCCAAAAAGUAAAGUUUAGUUGGUCAUCUGACAGAAGCCUGAUGUUUCACUUGCAUAUUAUGGGAAGCUUUAAAUAUGUCUUCCCAUGGCUUUCUGGAAACAACAAAGGUUGGCAUCCUAAACUAUUUGAGCUCUAAACCUCUGUAUCUUCCCCAGAUCCACUAUGGGACUCCUAUUUGAUUCCUCCCCCGAGUGAAAUUCUCCCAGCUCCAAUCAGAGAAUGAAGAUUAUCCAUUCUUUCUGCUAUGAAUGGACAUUGCAGUUCUGCCAAACUUAAGCCUAUAAUUUGUUUGAGAACCUAUGACCUGUCAAAUGUUCUCAAACAAACGCUCGAUGCUUUCGUAGACGUGGGUUUCAAAAUUAAAUUAAACACAAAGUGUUUCAUUACGAGGUGACUUCUGAGUGUAGCAGGUUGCACAUGAUUUUAUACAGAGAACAGAAUUAAAGGCGCUCAUGCCACACUUUAGACUUUUAUUCAUACCCUUUGCUUUUACCCUUUACAAAUUGAAAACAUUUCUUGGGGUAUGAAUACUUUUAGAGGGGCAUCAUAUCAUACAGCAUCAUUUGCUAAAAUAAAAAUAACAAAAUCUGUCUUUGCAGAUGGGAAAGAGAUCUCCCUUUACACUCUGUUGUUUAGCAGUGUGCCAAAGUUGUACCUGCAGGGGAUGCUGUGGAAAUGCUUUGGUUCAGCUAUUAACUGGCUGUUUUCUCUCUCUCUCUCUCUCCCUCUCUUUUUUUUUUUUUGGUUUGUGUGUGUUUUGUGAAAAUUGCAAGUUGCGCUAAUGGUCUUUAAAUCCUCUCAAAGCAAAGAAAAAAAAAACUGUUUGAAUUUGGUGUGAAAACAAUUAGGAAAUCAAGGAAAAUCUAAAUGAAAUGAAUACCAAAGACAUUACAUGUAUUUUGGGGUGUGUUUUGCAGAAAUAAACUAUUGUCGAUAUAUUUUAAAUUCUCUGGUGUACGUCAGUCAUAAGCCUGUAAUUUGUAUCUAACAGCAUUAUAAACUUAAGAACUGAAAGUGCUUUCUGACUUAAACAAGAAGGCCUUGAAACUGCCAGAUCACAUGGCCAUGACCAAAACGAUGUGUCCAAUCGGGACGUAUCUAAAAACUCUGCCCGACUCGCCCGCAAACAUUUUUGACUGAAUGCUUCAUAAAUGCCUGUUCCAACUUGGUAUUUUUCAUUUGCUGUCGACUCUCUAAUGCCGAUUAGAUUAAUGCUGAUAAAUAAUUAUUAGGUUGUUGACACUUUGCAAGAUGCCCCACAGUAUCUCCAGCUCUCACUUUCGUGAGGUUCCUUAUGAUAUUUCCUUCUCUGGGUCUGGAUUCCUGGCUACCUACCAGCUCGGGGUUGUUCUGUGCUUCCUGAAGCACACACCCUGGAUCCUGCAGUCGGCCCCCCACAUCCUCGGUGCAUCUGCCGGAUCCGUGGUAGCAGCUGCGGUUGUCUGUAAAAUCAACCCAGCUACCAUUCGGGAUGAGAUCAUCCUUUUUGUCAAACAGGUGAUGGCUGCCCCACUUGGACCACUGAACCCUUCAGUCAACGUUUUCAAGUGGUUGGAAAGUGUUUUGCGCAAGCACCUUCCUUCGGAUGCACACCAUUUUGCAAGUGGUCGCCUUGGUGUUGCUGUGACACGACUGUCAGAUGGGAAGCACCUGAUCGUGUCAGAGUUUCAGUCCAAAGAAGAUGUAGUGAAUGCUCUCCUGUGUAGCUGUUUUGUCCCUGGAUAUUGUGGCUUUCUGCCUCCGGCCUUCAACGGAGUGCACUACAUUGAUGGUGGCUUGAGUGGAUUCCAGCCGUUGCUCUCCGGGGCGUCCAGCCACACACUAACUGUAUGCCCGUUCUCUGGAGAAGCUGAUAUAUGUCCAGCUGAUCCUCCGUGUGUGAUGGACCUGGUAGCUUCUGGAGCUCUUCUUAAGGUCAACAUGGCUAACACCUUCCGAAUCAUCAAUGGUCUUUACCCUGUGACUUUAGAGGCUGCAGAACAAGCUUUCAGUUUUGGCUACAAAGAUGCCAUCGACUUCCUUCAGAGCAAUGAUGUUGCUCUCGCUAAGGUGGGGCGUAGUGUAUCCCACAGGUCCUCAAAUGGUAACUCCACCAGUCCAAAUACGUCCAAAGUAGAGGAGCAGAAGAUGAAAGGAGGGGAACAAACCGACCUGAAAACAUCUUUCAAGGAGCACAGAUCCAUGCAAAUGUUCAGCUCCACCGUGCAAGAGCCCAGUGAAGAUCCUCUUCACCAUUUUUACUUAAUGAAGAAUGUUCUGAUGGGGAAUGUGACAACUUUCCUGAGUAUGUUUGGGUUACCAGUGAGGAUCUUCUCUCACCUGCUUCUGCCUCUCGUGGUGUCAUUCUAUGCUGUGCUUCAAAGUAGACAAGGACUGAAGAUGCUGCUUAAAGACAUCCCUGAGUUUGUUGUUUGGAAUUGGUAUUUCAUAGGACAUUGUGGGCUUUUCUUCCUGAACAUUGUCAUCUGUAGCCUCAAGAAGCUAAUAAAAGACCGGUUAACGCAGAUGACCUUGCUGCUGCUCUGGCUAAAGGUUUACACACAGCAGAAAGCCGUGUGAGAGGAGCAGGAUUUAUUACUUUCUGAUGUACUUUUUUGAUUUCAAACGAAAUCAGCUGCAGGAACAUUGGAAAAAUGGUAAAUAUUGGUAAGAUUAUAAGACAUUUAAUUUAGUCAUGUGUCAGAAGCAGAAAGUAACUGAACACAUUUAUAACCGUUACAGUAAUUGAACAUAUUAAGCACUCUGAUCCACUAAAACCACAUUUAUUGCGAAGUACACCAUGUUGACGUUUCUGAAUGUCAGGUUACUGUCUGUGUGGCCUUACAGACUCCUACUCUUAUGGAGUCGCAAGGAAAUACAGUCUGCUUUUAUGGUUUGUUUCUGUUUUGUCCGUUUCAUUGGGUGUUUUUCACAUUUAGAGAGAAGCUAUGGAGAAAAAGUGCCUCAGGUCUCUGAUGACAGAUACCAGGAACGGGUGUUCUUUGUAAAACACUUCCUUUGAAUUCAGUGUGUUGUUCAUUAUUUUAGUGCUUGUUUUAUCCUGUGACUUUAUCAACAUUUUGAACACAUUCUUUUUUCUAAUUUUUGAUUAGUGCUGGUAAGUUUUGCAAUAAAUGUGUUUGGAGUCUUAGUUUUUUUUUUUCCUGCUGCUUGAAUAGAUAAGAAAAUACCACUAGUCAAAGCUAAGUCACUUAAACAGUAUGAUUUCCAAUAAACUAAUACGUACAUUUCA